CAAGGCAUCGCGUCUUCGUCCCACAGCACGGCCCAUCGCAGUCGGUGCGGUGGCAGUUCUGAAGCAGCGUUUUCAAGGCCAGGUGUUCACUGUUUUGGAUGGCGGAGAUUGAUGAUGCUGCAACGCUGAUUCUGGGUGCCGAAAUGGAUGAGGAAGGCUCAGGAUCUGCAGCGCCUGCAGAUACAGCAGCCGCAGAGGCAGAUGGCUUACUUGACCUGCUAGAGGAAGGAACGUCUGCGGAGACAAUCCCAGGUGCAAUAUCUGGUGAUCCUGAGGAGCUCAGAGAUCCAGCUGUCGAAGCUCCAAGUGAAAAGGAAGCCGAGCCGGCAGAGCCAGCGCCGGCACCACUGGCGGCGCCACUGGCGGCGCCACUGGCGGCGCCACUGGCGGCAGUGGCGGCGCCAGUGGCGGCAUCAGUUCCUGCGGACUUGGAUGCAGGUGCUUCAACUGGUGUCAAGCGAGCGGCCACGUUGACGCUUGACAUGGGAGAAGAUCUUUUCCCUGCAGCAGCAGACGAAGAGCCUCUUGAUGAACAUGCGGCCGUGUUGUCAUCCACCAAUCCUGCCACUGCGAAGGACAUCAGGCACUUACUCAACCAGCAGGUAGGGAAUCCUCGAACUCGAUUGUGUUGGAUGAUCCGCGCAUAUCCGGAGAGCAAUUCCGGAUAUAUCGGAAAGUUUCCCCAGAUUCCUCGUCUCCGACCUUCCAGCUGGAGGACUGCUCAAGAAACGGUACCCUGGUCAACAAGAAGCUCCUGCACAAGGCUUUGAUCUCAGAGUUUGCCAAGGACAUAUGAUCCGUUUUGACUUUUUCCGCCUCAGUUUUUCAGGAUGGCAAUCAGAGUGUCUGCCUUCGUGAUCAGGACUUGGUGGAGGUGCUGCCAGCUUCGAAAGUUGGGCAGGCAGCCGCCAUUGCCUUUCUUUUUCAUGCGCCACUGUCUGCAGCACCUCCACCAACCAAGAAGCCUCGCUUGAUGGAAGGUCCUACUGUGUCCGACUUUGAUGCCGAUCAAAUCCUCGGGGAGGCCACCUGUGCGAUUUGCCAAGAGGCAGGGCCUAUCACUAGGAGCAAGGACGCUAGUUUUUGCAGCUCCUGUCUUGGUGGAUGGCUGAAAAGGCCUGGAGACAAGCUGCCAAGGUGUCCCGUUUGCCGACAAGCUGUGGCAGCGGUUGGAAAGAACCAUGUCCUCGAUAGCUUGAUCGAGAAAAUCCUCAAGGCACAUCCGGAUAAGAUGCGCUCUGUCGCUGCAUUGGCGGAUCUUGAUAGCAGGGAUCCUUUAUAUGACAAUGGCUACGAUUUGGUCAAGCUCCGGGGGGG